CUCCAUCCAGCAUCGCGUUCGUUUCUCAAAUCUCCCCUCGAGUAUAUCGUCUCACCGCGAACCCCCAUUCGUCCAUCCCCUGCCUCUUUCAAACGACUUACAUCUAAAUAUCUAGCUAUUAUCCAUCAGUCUUAUAAGACAAGAGUUGGAUCUACCUGCUGCGUCAUUGAAUGCGGCAGUGUACACUACUCUUGAAUCACUGCGGCAAACAAAGUCGAGUCCGGCUGCUGCCAUCAAAAUUAUCACGGCCCAUGGGAUAUUACAAGCAUAAUUUGGCCCAUUCAUCAAAAACAAGGAGCCCUUCUCCAUGGAACUGGCUGGCUUUGCUAGCUAGCACUUACAACACGUUCAUUCGUUCGAUGCGGAUUUUCCUAUAACUAUUCCACACCCUCCAUCAAGCGUUCACAGUAUCAUAAUAAUAAUCCUCAGCAACAGCAUGUCGUCUCUCAUCAAGCCCGCCCGGCCUGCGGCUAAGGGUGCCAGGGGCUUCCAGAUACGUCCCAAGGGAGCGGGAUCGGGUGAUAGGAUCAAAGAAGUUCUAAACAGGAACAGAAUGGAAAAUGAACGAGCCAUGAGUUCGGAGCCUACUUCUUCUCCUUCUACAUCAUCUCGUCCUAGUAACAAAGAUCGCCCAUCAUGUCCGAAUCCCCGAUGCCCUAACCCUUCAGCGCCUGUCCAGGAUGGAUUCUGUUCUGCCUGUGGUCGUGAAAUUGACAGCUCCAACAUUGUCGCUGAGGUGGUUUUUGGUGAAACUUCGUCGGGUGCCGCCAUUGUUCAGGGUAGCUAUGUAGCUGCUGACCAGGGCACAACCCGGAACAUGGCACCAGGAGUUCGGCGUCUUGGAGGACUCGUUGGCGACAACCGUGAAAAGACAAUCCGUGAAGCCAGGAAUAUGAUGUGGGGAUUCAAGUCACGGUUAAGGAACGUAACCGAAAGCGCUAUCGAAUCUGCCAUCAUGAUUUUCAAACUUGUUCUUAAUGAAAACUGGCUGCAAGGCCGUGGCAUGGACAAAGUAGUUCCUGUCUGCCUCUACACAGCUUGCCGAAGAGAGGAGAAAUGUGACGUUAUGCUUAUUGAUUUCGCUGAACUCGUCCACAUCAAUGUAUAUGAGCUCGGCCAUGUUUUCAAGGAUUUGAGCAACAUUUACUCCUUCCAAAACAACAAUGUGAGAUCAAUCAUACCCGAAGAUCUAAUGAUGCGGUUUGCCGAGAAACUAGACUUCGGUGAUUUCACUAAUAAGAUCGCUGCCGAUGCAACAAGACUUUGUCAGCGAAUGGGCCGCGAUUGGAUGGUCAUGGGGCGUCGACCUUCCGGUAUUUGCGGCGCUUGUCUCUUAAUGGCGGCCCGUAUGUGGAAUUUCCGACGGACUGUCAGAGAGAUAGUUUAUGUCGUCAAAGUCACAACACACACUAUUGAACAGCGCUUAGACGAAUUCACCGUUACUGAAAGCAGCAAUCUUUCUAUCGAAAAUUUCUUAAACCAGGAAUUUCUCGAAUCACGACAUGAUCCACCUUCUUUCUACAAACAAAGCAACGAAUGGAAAGAGAAGAUAGAAAUAGAAAGAGAGUCUAGUGGAAGAAAGCGAAAACGAGUGCUGGAGGAUAUUGAUGGCGAUGAGCUGAGCCAAGCAAACGCUACUAGUACAACUAUGCCACCACCACCAAGACCAAUUCUACCGCCAGAUUUCUCGAAAAUGCGUCAAGUCACAGAGUUCCUACCAAGAUCUUUUGACGACACAGAAAGUAGGGAAACAGUAGCUCCUUUUGACCCUUCCCAAAUUCCGAAACCAGCCCCCAAACGACCAAAGGACGUUGUCGAGGGUCUCAGUGCAGAGGAUCCAACUAGUAAUCAAGCUAUAGAUGAACUCGUUGAGAUCUACGGCGCUUCAGAUGUCGCUAAUGCAGAUGAGAGCAAUGUGGUCAACGAAGAAGAAGAAGAACAAACAGACGCCCAAUCCAAGAAGGGUAGGCGCAAUAAACAGGGCCCUGAACAAGAAUCUCUCAACUUUGAUGAAGAGUGGGAGCGAGACGAAGCGGAACUAGAGAAUCAGAUCAACGAGGUCAUAAACGACCCUCAUAGUUCUGCACACAGCAAAGCACUAGCAACAGCGGCGCAUCUCGCCCAUAUCAAAGCCGAACUAGCACGCUCGUUGCUUCCCCGUAAAGAGCUGAAAAUGGAUGAAAUUAUUGGCGAAGAUGAAUUUGCCGAUGACCCAGAAGUACAAUUUUGCGAGCUUGAGCCCGAGGAAGUACUGAUCAAAGAAGAAAUAUGGCUGAACGCCAAUAAGGACUGGGUACGGAAACAACAAGAGAAAACGUAUCGGCAGCAGAUGGAACAGUUAGGGCCUCCGAAGCGGAAGCGCAACCGGGUCAAAAAGCCACGAAUGGGCGAAGGCCAACUAACGCCAGCUUCCACUCCUGGCGAAGCGGCCAUUGACGUGAUGAAGAAGCGCAAUACAGUGUCGAAGAGGAUUAAUUAUGACGCCAUUGCCAGUCUAUUUGGGAACAAUAAGAAACGUGGCCCAGGCUCUGUCGUCUCCCGCAUGGAGAGUGAGUCUGCUAGUCGCAUGACUUCUCGUGCAGGCAGCGUUUCAGAUGCUGGAACGCCUCCGCCCAACAACGAAAGUCCCAGGCCAACUACUGAGAAAACUGCUCCCAAUGCUGUGGGUGAUGAACAAGACGAGGAUAUUGAAGAUGAUGAGCCGGCGCCAGUGGUGUACGACUAUGAAGAUGACUAUGGGGAUGAUGGCUAUGACGAUGAUGGCGGCGAUGGCUAUGAUGACGGAGAAGGAGAAGCGUACUAACCUUUAUUCAGGUUGGUGUGCCUUAAUCAAACUCAGUCAUUGACUUGCACGUCUUCAAUAUCUCGUCCAUAUGGGAU